AUGCAGACUGUCGUCCCAACGCAUAGGCGCUAUGCCACGGGGGUCAUCGUGCCAGGCAUCCCAGCAGGCCCUGACAAAAUACACCUGAAUGGUCUGGUGUUCCACGGAUACCAUGGCGUCCUCCCAGAGGAGAAUAAGCUGGGCCAAAAAUUUGUGGUGGAUGCACAGCUCUUCUGCGAUCUGCAGACCCCUGGCCUGAGCGAUGAGCUGGUGGAUACUGUGGACUACGCAGCUGUGUACAAAGACAUCAAGCUGAUCAUGGAGGGCAAGCCUCACAAGCUGCUCGAGUCCGUGGCCGAGGACAUUGCAGGGACGGUGCUGCAGGACUACGAAAAGGUGCUGGGCAUCAAGAUCAAGAUCCAAAAGCCCCAAGUUGCCAUUGAGGGCGUGGUCAAGUACCUUGGUGUUGAGGUUGAGAGGUACCGCCACGACCACGAUGACAUCCCCUGA